AUGGAAGAUGAAUGCUUAUGCAGCCCUCUUAACUGGGAAUUCUACCACCACCAAGAGGGAUUAGAGGAGCUGAAGCACGCUAUUUUGCAGACAACCUUGGAGCUAGAGGAAGCGAUUGUGUCUGCAAAAGAGGAGAUUACAAGAAGAGAAUGUGAGUUGAUGGAAGUGAAUGAUGCUCUAAGCAAAGCCAUUAAAGAGAGAGAUGAAUCCUUAGCACAAUGCCGGAAGCUAGAGCAGGAAAAUCUUCAGAUCCAGCAACAAACUCUUCAUCUGCAGACCCAUAAUGAAGAUGGAGGCUUAAAGAAGCUGAAGUGUUUAUCAUCAUCAUCAUCACCAGAUACAGAGGCUUCAUUAUCAUCAUCAAUAAUAUCAUCCGGUUUUUAUGAGUGUGAAGAUGAUGAUGAGAAGAAGAAGAAGAGGAAGAAGGCAUUGCCAGAGAAAGGGAAGCUUCUCAAGGCAGUGAUAGCAGCUGGGCCUCUUCUUCAGACUCUGCUUAUGGCUGGAGGACCCCUGCCUCAGUGGCAGCAUCCUCCUCCUCUGCUUCACUCCAUUGACAUUCCACCAUUCCCAUCUUCUUCUUCUUCUUGUUCUCUUACUUCUUAUUUCCUGCCUUCAAAAUAAACACCGAAUCUGAUACUAACAAUGUAGUUUAGCUUCUCCCUCCAUUAUUACCAUUAUGCAUGUUUACGCCAAAUAUGUAAGUGUGUGUGUGUAUAUAUACAUAAGGGAGAAUGGGGUAAUGUGAGGUAAGUUCCUGUUAAAAUAUGGAUGGGAAUUGAGUAAGCUUUUUUA